GACGGCGACAUUUCCGAAAUUCCUCCAACGUCAACCUUUUUUUGCGACGAGCGCCUGAAAGUUUCUAACUCUCGCCCGGGGCACCAGGCAGAUUAUACAGUCUUUUAUGUUUUCAUUCUACUAGUCCUUCAAAAAGGGCAGAUGUCCCAUUCCGUUAUUUCUUCAAUUCCCCCUACCACAAUCCGUUUAUUACAAUCAAAAUGGGCAUUUGCGCCUCCUGCCUCGGCAGCCGACGCCGCGACUCGUACGAUGAAGACGAUGUAUCCCGACUUCUCUUUGACGAUCCGAACAAUCUCCAGUAUGGGAGUUUUAGCGAGCAUAACAUGAAUUCUCAAGCCGACCCGCUCGAAUCGCAACGAGAGGUCGAAGCCCUACAAAGAGUAGUAGCGCGAACUUCCAACAACCUUGUUGAUGUAUUCGAGAUCGCUCCACAAGAGUCUCAGAGGACUCAGCCAGCCUUAUUUUCAGGACAAGAUGCUCGUAUGGCCCGCUACCAGAAUAUUCUAGCCAAGCUCUCAACAGAAAGGGAAACAACUUCGGCAGAUGGUGGUCCCGGUACCGUGGAAUGGCUACUAAGCGAGGAUGACACCGUCGAAUUGCAAGGCCAUCUUCCCGGCAUCAAGGAUGAAGUAGGCGGUCCCCUUGUGGGAACAUUCGCAGACAUAACUGCAGCAAGGGCUUAGGAAGAAGCUACAUUAACGAAUAAAUAACGCUAGGUCGCCGAUUGGGGUUUAUUCACCUCCGCCAGCUGGCCUUUGAAUAUGACUAGCCAAGAGCUAGUGUCAACUUGGUGAUAAGUUUUCUAGGUCUUGUAGGUUUUCUAGACCUGGUAAGGGUUCACCGCGGGUCUUGCUCUAUUCCAAUCUUGGAGUACGCAAUGGAGACCGAGAUGCAUAUACUAAAUUAAGUUAAUAUAACCAUUGUCUAUCCGCUUCCCUGCGUUUUACCAGCAUCCUCUUAGCCAAUCAGGUGACGAUUUCUAGCGUUUUAAGAGGAGCAACCCCAUCGAGUAUCAGACACGUGCCUAGCUAUAAAGUGGGUGUUCUAUAGGAGUCCCGCCUGACCGGUACGCAUUUCUAUAAACAUCUAACCA